AUGCUAGACAGCUUUUUGGAAGAUUCCGCAAUGGACAACAUCGACGAGGAAUAUGACCGGCUCGUUGAACACCUUCACGACUGCACGAAGAAGGCUGAGAGUUUCAAAGCCACCAAGAGACUUCUGUCUCUUGAAAUUUUUGAGCUGAUACGCCAGCGUGGAGCGGCACGAGCCGCAGGAGAACGAAGAACUCACGUCCGAGCUCGCAAGGCAUUGCAGAGAGGCGAUGAAGGAAGAUCUUAA